CACGCAUUAUGGGUUGAAUCAAUCGCGAGACUUUUUUCUGUCUCUACACAACACAAGCCUUGACGAAAGUCUUGGUAUAAUUCAGCUUCACCAUGGCCAGUCCAUCAGUAGCCGAACCCUUCCCGGUCUUCCUGGUUGGCGGUCGCUACACGCUUUACGACGUUAACGCCGUCAGCCAUGCUCGCCGUGCGCACAACAUUACUGGCGUGUUGAUCGGUGGCCUACCUCAAGCACCACAGCAGAACGUCUUCCUGGGUAUACCUCUAGAACUCAUGCCCGAGGAAGCACGAUUGUUGGUGGAGAAGGGUGUCGCAUACAUCGUCGACGAUGCCGCUGUCCACAAACACGCAUUCAUCGAUCACAACUUGAGCAAAGAGGAGAAGGAAAAGUUUCUGCGCAGCUUGAAAAAGCAAGGCAGUGACGCGACCAGAAUCCAGACCAAGAGUGCAGACGACAGGAAGAUCAAAGCCUUGAAAAAGGUUGCUUCCAAGAACGCUGCUGUUGCUGCCAAGUUGGAGAAGGAGCGUGCUGAUGCCGCUGUUGCUGGCGAGACUGUUGCUGGAGAUGAUGAGGAAUCGCUCUUUGGCUCAGCACCUAGUGCACCGUCUGUCGCUCCCUCUGAGGCAUCGGUCCAGUCAUCUUCUGCUUCAACCAUCAUGAAGAUCACACCCACUACCUCACACCCCCCUCUGCUUUCCUCAGAAUCCUCCUCACCUCUGCCCCUCCCUCAGGUCCCGGCCUCAUACCCUCUGUUCAAGCACCUCCACUCCAAAGGUUACUUCAUGGCCCCAGGUAUCAGGUUCGGCUGCAGAUACACAGCCUACCCUGGUGACCCACUCCGCUUCCACAGUCACUUUCUCUGCGAUGGCAUGGACUGGGACCAAGAGUUUGACCUGUUGACGUUGGUAGGAGGUGGUCGUUUGGGCACAGGUGUCAAGAAAGGUUUCCUUGUUGGAGGUACAGAGGACAAGGAGAAGGUGGAUGGAGAGGAAGAUGUUAGAGCUUUCUGUAUCGAGUGGGCGGGCAUGUGAUGUGCCUGUCGCUUGAUCUUUCAAUACGAAUUACUGUUCUGUCCUAUU